AAGACAGCGCCGAGGGCUUACAAACGCCCUUUUCUAUGUUUCAGUUUAGUUGUGUCCACAGCAUUUAUACAGUCUUUGGUCCAUUGACGACAUUAAGUAGGAUCCGUUCGGCUUUUCGUUUUGUUAACAGUCCUCCAGUUAAACGGUAUUUUUCGGGAGAUGACACACCGGCGAGAAAGCAAGAAGCCUCAGCUCCUAUAAGCAAUGUCUAGCUGUUCAACUAUCCACCUAACCUUACCGCAGUGGGACGGGGGCUCGCGCAAAAUCCGCUUCAUUUACUUGGUAAAUCUCACAUCGUUCAGUUUGUCAUGUCCCAACCAGGGUCCUGCUGUUCCCCUAUAUUUAGGAGCUGAUCUUUUCUCCAAUACUGAUAUCCGUACAGAGAACCAUCCCAGACACCAUGCCAAGUUUGCCAAGAAAGGAUUGGCAACAAAGAUACAUUUUUCCUCAGUUUUCAGGUUCCAUGGGUUGAGGGUGCCCACUGUAGAUAACAGCCUCUGGUUCUACAGUGUUCAAGGACUUUUUCGAGUAGCCUUUGAAAUGUACAGUAAGCAUGAACAGCUUGCUGUGCUAGAUAACUUCCAGAAUAUUUGGAAAUCGCAGAUAAAUGAGAGCCCUCUGGAAAUGAGUUACAGCCUCAGUGCACAGCUGGAUUUUACACCAUCCAGCAUGAUUGAUGCACCGUCAAAGCAUGAGAUGUCACACCCUCAGAACUGCCAUGUUAGCCAGAAAUCCAAGGAUGGAUACGGGAGUGCCAAAGCUGACACAUCAGCAGAUCAUGAUUAUUGUUCUUUAUCAAAGCAAACCUUGCACACUGAAAGUAGUGAAGCUGUAACUGCAGUGAGACAAAAGCUGCAGCUCUUGGAUGAGAAGCUCUCUUUCAACACUCAAAGCUACACAGACUACCAUGAGACAGUCUUGCUGCUUUUGAGGACUAUUGAUCAGUGCAUAAAUGGGAAUCUGGAAGAGAAGGAUGUGGAAAACACUGUGUUGGCGCUGCUAAAGGCUAAAGACUGGGAAUGUGUGUAUUCCAGUUCAUUACUUUGCUGUAUUGGACGCUGGCUUGGUCAGCAGUUUCAUGCAGCCAACAACAGCAUCAGCCACAAAGUGGAGGGCUUCAAAUUUCAUCAUAUUGAGCGCAUCAGUGAUUUGCCACCUGCCGAGGAACUCACCACAGAGCUGUUCCCAGAAGCCAUGCAAACACUACUGCUUCACUGGAUGGGUUUGAGUGAAGAGUCCACUCUGGAGAAAAGACACAGCGAGUACCCAAUCCUGCUCCUUAUCCUUGAGUUUGCCAACCACAACCUCAUCACCGGUGUAGCCCAUGUGCUGUAUUCCAGUCUAAUAUGUAAAUAGGAGCAGAUUUCCAUUGGGGAAACACAAAGACUUGCAAUUUUAUAACACUUCAUAAUAUAAUAAAUUUGUAAUGCUUUUUA